UUCCACGUCAGGUGGACUUUUAUUUUGAAAAGCGAUUGUCGUCAUCGUGCAUACGUCUCUUGACGUCGCGUGUCGUAGCCGUUUGACGGUAUGUGGAAAGUAGCAAUGUCGGAGGAGGUUGGGAAGGCGCUGCAGUCGGUGGUGGAGCGUGUGAACCAGGCGGCGGCACGGCGGCCUAAGACACUACCGGCCGUGCCGCCCCGCCUCGUGGCUGUCAGCAAGACCAAGCCCCCAGAGAUGGUCGUGGAGGCCUACAGACAAGGGCAGCGUAACUUCGGAGAAAAUUACGUCAACGAACUUGUGGAGAAAGCUUCAGAUCCUUUGAUUUUAGAAUCAUGUCCAGAAAUCAAGUGGCACUUCAUUGGCCAUCUACAGAAGAAUAAUGUCAACAAACUUCUGGGCGUGCCAAACCUGUUCCUCGUGGAGACAGUCAACUCGGUGAAACUGGCCGACAAGGUCGACAGCUCGUGGCAGCGGAUCAGGGGAGCCAGCACACAGAGGUUAAAGGUCAUGGUGCAGAUAAACACCAGUGGAGAACAGAGUAAACAUGGCCUGCCACCAGAGGAAACGGUGAACACCGUGAAACACAUUGUGUCCCACUGCUCCGCCCUGCACUUCUCAGGACUCAUGACCAUCGGGCGCUACGGCUACAACCUCACCCUGGGCCCCAACCCAGACUUUCAAAUGCUGCUGAGUCGGAGGCAUGAGGUGUGUGACAGUCUGAAGCUACCUCUGGAGGAGGUAGAGCUCAGCAUGGGUAUGUCCACAGAUUUUGAACAUGCGAUCGAGGUGGGCGCCACCAACGUGCGAGUGGGCAGCAUCAUAUUCGGCUACAGGGAGUAUCCCAACAGUGCAGCGAACACUCCAAAUCCCAGUCCAGCUCCCAGUCCAGCCCCCAGCCCGGAGAAAACAUCCAAGAUGGUGUCUGAAGAGGCUGCCAAGAAGAUGCAACACCUCACUGUGUCGCAACACUAAGCGCUUCUCCUCCUCUGAAAUACCUUUUUAAGAAAAUUUAAAAAGCAAAUACUCUUCACGUGCAGAAUGAACAGAGCAGUGAAGCAGAUCGUUUCCACAGAGCCAUGUGGAGUUAGGAUUGCAAAUUCUUGCGUAAUUUUACAGUGUAUUUGCCUAAUCCUCUUCACUUUUUUGUGUGCCCUUCAUGCUCUUUCAGGCAAUAAAAAGUGGCAUUCGCUACUGAACUAGUUAUACCGUUUUUUAAUAGUAGUGUGUUACUAACCUGUAGUGCUCUGACUUCCUCUUCGUGGAAAUCUCUCCUACAAGAUUACUGGAUACACUACAAAUGUACAACCACUGAAAACAUGAUGACAAAUGGAAAAUGAUUUCUCAUGAGCUAUGAGAUAGUGAAGAUUUGUUUGGAUUUGCUGUGCUGAUGUGAUAUUUUCUACCUUUCCGACCCAACAUGUUACAGUGCUGAAAUAUGCUUGACUGUACAUGGUCCCGGAGAUCAGGAAUUCCAGACUGUACGAUGUACCUUUUUUGUUGUACAGAUGAAACAAAGACUUGAUUUAAUAAAUCAUUUUUCCCUUUAUAACGACACAUAGUAUUGUGCGUUUGAGGUUGUUUCGCAUGGUGUGCCAAACGUGUCAAACCCUAAUUCUUGAUAUUAACAAGUUCAAGAGUAAACCUGAGGAAAGUGUUUUGUUUUAACAGUGUUGUAUCUGUGCUAUGGUGAGGUACAUUGUGGGAGAUGAGAGAGUUAACCUAUGCAAAGUGGCGAUCUUGUUUCAACGUGUUAUCAAGUAGAUUUUUACACUGCAGCUACGAUGGUGUCGCAGUGGAUUCUUCAAAGAUGUCACAAGGUUGGUGUGUUCUUUGUCUCUAUGAAAAGUUUGUCAAUGAUUAAAAAAAGCUUGAUCAA